CCUGCUCUCCUCGCGUCAGCAUCAUCCGCAGGCGGCACGAUGGCGAUCGAUACGCCAGUGAAAUAUUCAAAGUGGGACAUUUAGAGAAAAUCUCGACGUGCACAGAGACACAAACACGAUCGUCGAGCACGCAGACUCGACGGGAGACAAUCAUGACACCUGAAAUGAAACGUAACGUGAAGCUCCGAAGUGCCAGUCGACCUGUGAAGACCACGUCUGAGACCUGAACGCCAGCUUGACCUCGGAGACACGUCAUUAACGCUUGUGCUGUCCCACCAACAGGAGCAGGAGGCGGAAACCAUAGCAACAGACGUGUCGUGUGUGUGUGUGUGUGUGUGUGUGUGUGUGUGUGUGUGUGUUCUGAGGAUGCCUCUCUGUUAUAUCAAGGUUGCAUCAGAGCCUGAGGCGUUACCCAAGAAUCAGCUGCUGCUCAGUCGACUGAAGGCAACUGUACCACGGACAUCGCCAUGGAUGACCAACUUCUGGAAGAGACCUUAACGUGUAUGUCACAACAAUAAUCAAACAUGCACCCUCUCACGAGCUGAUACCCCCCCUGAUCGAAGCUGCUAUGGCUUUCUGCAAUGAAAGCAUGCUGGAGGAGUGUGCCUUCAUGCAGCCGGACAAAGAGGACGACGCAGCAGAAGGCCUCCCGUCAGAAGCUGCGACGCCCGCCAUAUCAGUCACUCUGCGUGUGACCCUGGCAGCCAUAAUGAUCUUCAUGAUCACUAUUGGUUUCCUCGGCAACGCGAUCGUGUGUCUGAUUGUUUACCAGAAACCUGCCAUGCGUUCCGCUAUCAAUCUCCUCCUUGCCACGUUGGCCUUUUCGGACAUAAUGCUCUCUCUGCUCUGCAUGCCCUUCACUGCAGUCACCGUGGCGACCGCCGACUGGAGCUUUGGGAGCGGCUUCUGCAGAGCGUCCAUCAUGCUGUACUGGCUGUUCGUCCUGGAGGGGGUGUCCAUACUCCUCAUAAUCAGCGUGGACCGUUUCCUCAUCAUUGUGCAGCGGCAGGACAAGUUGACCCCGCACAGAGCUAAACUGUUGAUCGCAGGCUCGUGGGUGCUGAGCCUGUGCGUGUCUCUGCCGUCCGUAGUCGGGUGGAGGACAGGUGCAGCAGGUAUCGGGGGUUCCUGGGCGCCGCAGUGCGUGCUGGGAUACAGUGAUUCUCUGGCAGACCGUGGUUACACAGUGCUGUUGGCGGUCGCGGUUUUCUUUGUGCCGUUUGCCGUCAUGCUAUACUCUUACAUGUGCAUCCUCAAUACAGUGCGCCGCAACACCCUGCGCAUCCACAACCACACCAGUGAGCAUUCCUGCCUGCCGGCCCUCAACCAGGUCAGCAAAAUGAGACUCACCGGGCUGCAGCGCCCGCCUCAGAUCAAGGUGGACAUGAGCUUCAAGACCAGGGCUUUCACCACCAUCCUCAUCCUCUUCGUCGGCUUCUCCGUGUGCUGGUUGCCGCACACGGUGGUCAGCCUGCUGGCCGUGUUCAGCCGGCAGUUCUACUACAGCUCCGUCUUUUACCCAAUCAGCAUAGGCGCCCUGUGGCUCAGCUACCUGAAGACGGUGUUCAACCCCGUCAUCUACUGCUGGAGGAUCAGAAAAUUCAGGGAGGCCUGUCAGGAGUUUAUUCCCAAGAGCUGCAGACUGUGUCCCAAAGUGCCGGGCAGGAGCCGCAGGAGAGUGAGGCCCAGCAACAUCUACGUCUGCAGCGAGACUCAGUCAGCCGUGUGAAACAAGGACGACCAGGCCGUCGAUGCACAAACCAGCAGCUUCUGACACUGCUACCAACUGUUUUUAACUCUUAAUUUUCCUCCCGAUAAGCAAUCAGAGGCGACUAAAGUUUACUUAAAAAUAAUAUACCAAUAAUCUCACCGCAAGAAUCUCAAUUUUUUGUCCUAAGGGGGACGAGAAGUGCUCAGAGAAAUCAACAUUUGAACAACCCCAUCUGCAGAGGAAGAUCCUGUAUUACAAUCAAAAGCUCCAGAAUAGCUACUGAAUCUUGUCGUGAGAUUAUUUUUGUCUGCUGCUUUCCGAGAUCAACAAUGAACCUUCAGUCUCUCUUAACUUUAUGGCCAAGGUUCAUCUCCUCUAUUGUCAGUUUACUUUUUAUUGUUUCAUAAUUUGUAUCAUCGGUGUCAUUCUGUUUCUUCAGACUGCCUCCGUUGUCAGUCUUUUGAGUAGUAGUGGUGAUAAUAAUGCUGUCAUGUGUGUGAAUUUCACACAAAAAAAAAACAUGGUAUACACGGUAUUAAUGUUCAGUGAUGUUCUAAGAGUAAUUAAUUAACUUUGUGCUGAAACACGACCUCCUGUGAGUCGAAAUGAUUCUUCUCGAGUGUGUUAACAAAGAGGUGUGUCAGUUGUUGAGCUGUGACUGUUUACCUGAUUGUAUUAUUGUGUCAUGAAUGACCGAACCGGGUAAAUAAAUGUAGUUUUUAAAAGAGUUUUGUAUUGACAGACUGAUGACAAACACGUUCUAGUCGGCUGCUUUCACAAUGUACAUAAACCACGUUGGUACAUAAUGGGAAUAGGUUGCUGUGUUGCCGGGAUACUAAACACAUCCGUUCACCGUGAGUGGAUAUAUAUCGACUCCACCGAGGACAACGUACACAGCGGUUUGUUUAUUGAAUUCUAUUAGGUUAGAUAAUCCCACAGGAGGAGAGAAGUCUGCACGGAAACCGUAACUAAUUUUUCUCAGAGGAACGCUGAAUGAACAAAUGAAGUAACAUUGAACACGUGGCAUUUUAAAUAAAGUGCAUUCAUUUAGAGAUAUUUGUAUAAAUGUUACAAAGCUGAAAGCCCAUCGACAAUAACAGUUACAUAGAGGUUGUGUUGCUGUACAGCUCAAAACAGGAAGAUGGUGCUGUUCUUUCACUGCAAAUUAAGUUAGCUCGAUUUCCUGCUGUGAUUUCAGCCCCCGUCGUCAAUAAAUUGACUUUUUGUUUCACUUCAUUCAUCCUAUUUAAAUCAUUAAUCAAAUUAUGCUGUUUCAGAAGUCUGAAAAUGAAGUCCAGUUAACAGCGGCACGGUUUUGACAGCGAAGAAGAAGAAUGUGUGGUGGUAAAUCA